AUGUCAGCAGGGGGCGAGCAUCUCAAAGAUGAAGGCACAACACGACAAACGGUGCUGGCGGGCGGGAUAGCAGGUCUAAUCUCGCGAUUUUGCAUUGCACCGCUGGAUGUUGUUAAGAUCCGUCUACAACUGCAGAUCCACUCGCUCUCGGAUCCGGCGUCUCAUGCAUCAAUUGAAGGGCCAGUUUAUAAGGGGACAUUAUCUACUAUGCGGGCAAUUGUGAGGCAGGAGGGAAUCACGGGUCUCUGGAAAGGGAACAUCCCCGCCGAAAUGAUGUACGUCUGCUACGGCGCCCUCCAAUUCACCGCAUAUCGCACAACAACCCAAUUCCUCGCCGAACUAGACCCCUACCGUCUCCCACCCUCACUAGAGUCAUUCAUCUCUGGCGCCGCAGCAGGCGCGACAGCAACAGCAACCACCUACCCACUCGAUCUCCUCCGUACAAGAUUCGCCGCCCAAGGCCCCGAACAGAUCUACACCUCUCUCCGCUCCUCAAUAAACGAGAUCGCGCGCCAAGAAGGUCCAGCCGGCUUCUUCCGCGGCUGCUCAGCCGCAGUGAUCCAAAUAGUGCCGUACAUGGGUCUAUUUUUCACAGCCUACGAGGGAUUUCGACCUAUCAUGUCGCGAGUGGAUCAACUACCGUUUGGGACUGGUGAUGCUGCUGCUGGUGUGGUUGCGAGCGUAUUGGCUAAGACGGGAGUAUUUCCGCUUGAUCUUGUGAGGAAGAGGUUGCAGGUUCAGGGGCCGACGAGGACAAGAUAUGUGCAUCGGAAUAUUCCUGAGUAUCGGGGGGUGGGGAAGACGAUUACGAUGAUUUUGCGGACGCAGGGGGUUAGAGGGCUCUAUCGCGGGUUGACGGUUAGUCUGUUGAAGGCUGCGCCGGCGAGUGCGGUGACGAUGUGGACAUAUGAGAGAGUUUUGGGGAUUCUGCGAGAUAUGGACUUUGCGGCGUUGCAGUGA